AUAGGAAAGCUUCCUUGAUAUUUCAAAACACUAAAACUGUACUGCAGUUAUUUGAAAUCUGCUGUGUUCUUUGGACAAAAGGUUGAAAAUUUGUUACAAGAAAGAAAAUAAUAAACAAGAUGUCUCUGUAUCCGUCCUUGGAAGAUAUGAAAGUUGAUCAAUUGGCGAAGGCCCAAGUUCAGGCAGCAAACGCAGGCCAUGCCUUGCCACCAGCAACAGCAAGUGCCCCUGGUUCCAGCACAGGGCAUAGUGGACUAUAUCCAUCCCUGGACGACUAUAUGGGACUUCACAUCACAGAACAAAUGGUCCGAGACAACGUCCCAGGAUAUCAAGUAGUUCCGAGUGGUGGUCGUCAGCUCGCGACUGUGGCAAGUGGUGCCAUUGCUCCAGUAACUGGCGCGAAUAACAUUGAUGUUAAACGCUCUGAAAUCAAGCAAGGUGUCCGUGAAGUCACGUUAUGCAAGGACGCCAAAGGGAAGGUUGGUUUGCGUGUGAGACACGUCAACAAAGGAGUGUUUGUGUCGUACGUUCACAGCAAUUCACCAGCGGCCCUGGGUGGUCUGAGGUUUGGUGAUCAGAUCCUGCAGAUUGAUGGUGACACCGUUGCUGGUUAUGAAAUGGACAAAGUGAUGAAAAUCCUCAAAAAAGCAUCACCACAGAAGAUUGUGUUUGCCGUGAGAGACAGGCCUUUUGAAAGAACAAUCACUUUACAGAAGGACAGCAAUGGAAAUGUUGGGUUUGUUUUCAAAGAUGGAAAAGUUACAGCUAUUGCCAAGGAAUCGUCAGCUGCAAGAAAUGGUUUGUUGACUGAGCAUAAUCUGGUUGAAGUGAAUGGUCAAAAUGUUGUUGGAUUGAAGGAUAAAGAAAUCAAAGAAAUCAUUGCAAGAGCUGACAGAUCAGUCACAUUCACCAUUGUGCCAACAUUUGUAUUCAAGCAUAUAAUGAAAAACAUGUCAACAAGUCUUGUGAAGGGAAGCAUGGAUCAUUCCAUUCCUGAUAUUUAAAAAAUGAACAAACAUUUGCAUAUGCCAACUUAGUCCUUAAGAAUAAACGUAAUAAACUAUUCAAAUAAGUGGUUAAUAAAUUUAUCUUAUUAGGGCUUGUUUUUAUAAGAUUAGAAGAUUUAAAUACCAGGCUAUAUCUCACCAAGGAUACCAAAAUUAUGCCAUAAAGAAAUGCUUACACAAAGUCACAAAUUCCUUUUUAAUAAAGAGCCCAGAUGAAUUGUACUGCUGUUGCUUGAUUUUAUUCAUUAGUAUCUAAUACUUUGAACAAAAUCAACGGAGAAAUGUAUAAUAGGGGUAGUCCAAUUCAUUAUUAUAUAUUUACCAUCCCGCUAGACCACAGAUGAUUGAGUAGUCAGAGUUAUACUAUAGCAAUGUUUUGUAUGUAGAAUAUAAGUUA